UCUCCAUUGGCUCAGCUCAGCUGCUGGAGCCUCUCUGUCGUUUCUUCUCGCCGUUUGCUGCUACGACAGAGUCGGUCCCAGCUCGCAAAACGUGGCCAGAAGCUGUCAAACUUUGCCAGGACCUGUUCCCCUCAGUGAAUCCUCUUUGUCGCCCCGAUUGUUAUCAGAACCAAAAGAGUUUUAAAGUAGAGUUGUGUGAGAAGACGCGCAGAGACGCCAACGCCAGGACUGCUGGAAACUCUACUCCUGUGUGGACCGUGCUGUCAGCAUGAAACCAUCUCUGGACUGCAACGAGGACCAAGCCUGGCUGGGAGAGGCCCGGUCCGAGGCCCAGCUCGCGACCGCGCCCAGUCCCGAUGAAGAUGAGGCCGACGACGGAGACCGACCUGCGUGGGAUUCCAAGAUCCAGUACGUGUUGGCUCAGGUGGGCUUCAGUGUGGGCCUAGGGAACGUGUGGAGGUUUCCGUACCUUUGCCACCAAAACGGAGGAGGGGCCUUUAUGCUGCUGUAUGUUUUUCUUUUACUCAUUGUGGGAGUUCCACUGUUUUUCAUGGAGUUGGCAGCCGGCCAGAGCAUUCGACAGGGAAGCAUCGGAGUGUGGAAGCACAUCUCCCCGAAGCUCGCUGGGAUUGGCUACUCCAGCUGCAUGGUCUGUUUUUACGUGGCUCUUUACUACAACGUCAUCAUCGCAUGGAGCCUGUUCUACAUGGGGAAUUCCUUUCGGUAUACGCUGCCGUGGGAGCACUGUCCGAUUGAUGUCACCACCAAUGACACAGGUACUUGUGUAACCGUCCAUAAAAUAAGACAUCACGCGCGCCAGAUAGAGAUCUACAACGUUGUCUGUCUUCCAUCAACAGUGAGAGAAUGUGCAGGUAGCUCCCCGACGUCCUACUUUUGGUUUCGGAAAGCUCUCAACAUCACAAAUUCCAUCGAGGAAACUGGAGAAUUCAACGGCAUCAUGACGGGCUGUUUAUUGGCUGCCUGGAGCAUCGUUUCUUUGGCUAUGAUCAAAGGCAUCAAGUCGUCUGCGAAGGUGAUGUAUUUUUCCUCAGUUUUUCCCUACGUGGUGCUCUUUAUUUUCCUCAUCAGAGGGUUGAUGUUGGACGGUGCCAUGGAAGGAAUCACCUAUAUGUUUUAUCCUAAACUGGAGAUCUGGGGUAGUGUGCAGGUGUGGCGACAGGCCGCCACGCAGGUUUUCUUUGCCCUCGGCCUCGGCUACGGCUCCGUUAUCGCCUAUUCCUCCUACAAUCCGGUCCACAACAACUGCCACAGGGAUGCGCUGAUGGUCUCUUGCAUCAACUUCAUGACGUCUGUGCUGGCCUCGCUGGUGGUUUUCGUUGUGCUAGGUUUCCGUGCCAAGAACAUUGCCCUACGCUGCGUAGCCAAAAAUCUUGGCCUGUUAAACCUCAUGGCGUCUCAUGGAUCCAACCAGCGCUGGUGGCCUCGGUUCAACGUGACAGACACAAGCUCGGUGUCUAUAGCCGACUACAGACAGUGGUACAGUAACUACAGCUUCACGGAGUACCCUAACAUCACUGACUGCAAUUUUGAAGAGGAGAUGAAUAAGGGUGUCGAAGGGACAGGUCUGGCCUUCAUAGCGUUCACUGAGGUGAUGGCGCUCUUCCCUGCGAGCCCCUUCUGGUCCACGCUGUUUUUCCUAAUGUUGCUCAACCUGGGCCUCAGCACCAUGUUUGGGACCAUGCAGGGAAUCCUCACGCCUCUCAUGGACAAUUUUAGCGUCUUGGGGCGCCACCGGACACUACUCACGGUGUCCAGCUGCGCCUUGGGGUUUGUAAUAGGAUUGCUGUUCACCCAGCGCUCAGGGAACUACUUUGUGACCAUGUUUGAUGACUACUCUGCAACCCUGCCGCUAGUCAUCGUGGUCAUCUUUGAAACCAUCAGCGUGUCGUGGGUUUAUGGCACAGAUCGAUUCCUCGAUGACAUCGAGGUCAUGCUGAAAUGGCGCCCUCCGGUGGUGUACAAGUAUCUGUGGAAAUACGUUUGUCUGCUGGCGAUGGUCGGCCUCCUGGCUGCCAGUUUGUUGCGGAUGGUCUUUAAAAGGCCCACGUACACCGCCUGGAAUCAGACCACAGCUUCAGAGAUGACCCUUGAGUACCCCGGCUGGGCCCUCGCUAUGAUCGUCAUGCUCAUAGCCUUCGCCAGCUUGCCCGUGCCCAUCGGCUACAUCCACUCCAUUCUGAAAAACCGCAGGGUUAGUGGUUCUACCUUGCAGGACGGAGGCGGCCAUGAGACGCACCGUGAGCUCUACACCAAGUGCAGCUCCACGGAGCAGCUGGAUUCUCACCGGGUCCUCGGUCUGGAUGGAGACGCUCACCCCAGGACCGUCUUCCUGCCCGUGGGCAACGAGCACUACCGGCUCCUACCCCAGCAGGAGGAGGAGGACGAGGAGGAGGAGCAGCAGGACACGGGGUUUUGAGCAAGAAGUUGUUUGUGAAAGGACAGAAGCUGAAACCCUCGUUAACAUUAUUCUGAUGGGUUGAAUUCUACCGUUACACUCAGCAAACGCGUUAAAAGGUUAUUUUUUAUAGACAGUACAUUACCAGUCAAAUACCUCUCCUCUUUUUUACCUCCCUCCAUUUGUUUUCUGAACCAUCACCACAGCUCAGAAGAUAAAAACACUAAUUGCACACACACAAAAUAUAUAUAUAUAUGGACGAGGCAGCUGUAUUAAGUUAAAUACAGAAUUUCCUGAAGGUUUUAUAGGAGGAAACUCACCAUCCACCAGCUUCAUGUGGGAGUCAUGAGUGAGUGGUUGGUGAGUUUUUUUGUUUGUUCUUUAGUUAAAACGACGCGUAUGGAUUUGCAUGAGAACAUUCUACCUUGAGAAGCUGUGAUGAUGUUUGUGCGUUUGAAUGUUUCAUGUUGUCGAUCGGUUGGGUCGCGGAAUGAGAAAUAAAGCUGUUUUAUACUUUAUAUAAUUUUACCUCAUAAGACCACAGCAAUGUCUGUACCAUUGACUGUAUAUACCAAGGUUUUUACAUGUGUUCCCAGGAAACGUUCAGCUGUAUUUGUAGCAGUGUUUUAAUGUACUAGAUGGCGACAUAAAUAAACCUCUAAGAUGGA